AUGACUGGUGAUAGCAGCGCGGCCCCCUCUGCUCCGGCCAAGGGCAAGGGCAAGGCGCGCAGCAAGGGGGUGGCCGUCGAGACGGCCGCUGCUGAGAGGAAAAAAGGGGGGAACCAACCCAGGGAACCCUUCCCCGUCAUCUCUGGCUACGAGUGGGUCAGGGGUGACGUCGGUGAGUUCCAGAGCGUCUUUAAGUCGUUCUUGGAGAUCAAUGCGAUGUGGAAAUCGCACAAGAUCUGUCAAUCGUCCAUCUCUAAGCUCAUUCGGCUUGAACCUUGUCAGCCCGGCGAGCGUGUAUAUAUGGGGGGCAUAAUGGGAAGGAGCAAGUGGCGCGAGUUGAAGUCUCGCUAUAACGUUGCCGAGAUCGAGGUCCAUGAGCCUCAAGAGAAGGAGAUUGCCCCCUUGGAGACCCGCAGAAAAAGAAAGAGGGGGGAGAAGGAGGUCAGGGGGACCUCUGCCCCUCGAGAUGCGGAGGAGGUGACUUCGCAGGCUGCUGACGCCGACGCAGUCGACCUCACUGGGAGUCCUCCACCUGAGGGAGUUUCCCAAGUGGCCGUUGAGGAGGUUGCCCAUGCCACCAAGGCGAGGCCUGAGCCAAAUGCUGCCAAGGUCCAGGCGGCGCCGAGCUCGGAUACGCCAGGGCUGACCGCUCCCACUGCUACGCAGGCGGCCUCUGCCCCGAAUCCCACCAAGGUCCGUAGAGAGGGGUCGAGCUCCGAGGUCCCAACGCCUACCCCUGCGUCCUCGACGCCGCCGUCUCGUCCGUCGAAGGAGGCCCCCAAGGGUAAAUACAUUGCUCAACGCUUCGACAAGGAUCGCCCUUUGACACGGUUGGAUCAUGUGAGCGCAUCGUCGGAUAUAGACUCAUUGUGGAGUUCGGGGGUGACCACUGAGACCUUUUACCCCAAGGGUUCGCUGCGCUCGGCCGAUCAGGCUAUGAUCGAGAAGGUCGGGCCAGUGGAGGGCCUUGACUUUGCUGAGGUCUUUAUGCAGAGGGCGAUGGCUAUUCUGGACCACUGA